UUCCCCCAACUCCUCUGCCAACCAAUGAUGUCGAUGUGUAUUUCGAGACCUCUGCUGAUGAUAAUGAGCAUGCUCGCUUCCAGAAGGCCAAGGAACAGCUGGAAAUUCGGCACCGCAACCGGAUGGACAGGGUAAAGAAGGAGUGGGAAGAGGCCGAACUUCAGGCGAAGAACCUCCCGAAAGCAGAGAGGCAGACUCUCAUUCAGCACUUCCAAGCUAUGGUCAAAGCUUUGGAGAAGGAAGCAGCCAGUGAGAAGCAGCAGCUGGUGGAAACCCACCUGGCUCGAGUGGAGGCGAUGCUGAACGACCGCCGCCGGAUGGCUCUGGAGAACUACCUGGCGGCCUUGCAGUCUGACCCACCGCGGCCUCAUCGCAUCCUCCAGGCUUUGCGGCGUUAUGUCCGUGCUGAGAACAAGGAUCGCCUGCAUACCAUCCGCCAUUACCAGCACGUGUUGGCUGUCGACCCAGAGAAGGCGGCCCAGAUGAAAUCCCAGGUGAUGACACAUCUCCAUGUGAUUGAGGAAAGAAGGAACCAGAGCCUCUCCCUGCUCUACAAAGUACCUUAUGUAGCCCAAGAGAUCCAAGAGGAGAUUGAUGAGCUACUUCAAGAACAGCGUGCAGACAUGGACCAGUUCACUGCCUCGCUUUCAGAGACGCCCGUGGACGUCCGGGUGAGCUCUGAAGAGAGUGACGAGAUCCCGCCGUUCCGCCCCUUCCAUCCCUUCCCAUCCCUCCCCGGGGAUGAAGACACUCAACCGGAGUUGUACCGCCCAAUGAGAAAAGGAUCUGGAGUCGGGGAGCAGGACCGAGCACUGAUAGGCGCUGAGGAGAAGGUGAUUAACAGUAAGAAUAAGGUGGAUGAAAAUAUGGCCAUCGAUGAGACUCUGGAUGUUAAGGAGAUGAUCUUCAAUGCUGAGAGAGUCGGAGGUCUCGAGGAAGAGCCGGAAUCCGUGGGGCCCCUGCGGGAGGACUUCAGUCUAAGCAGCAGUGCGCUCAUUGGCCUGCUGGUCAUUGCCGUGGCCAUCGCUACAGUCAUAGUCAUCAGCCUGGUGGUGCUGAGGAAGAGACAGUAUGGCACCAUCAGCCACGGGAUCGUGGAGGUUGACCCUAUGCUCACCCCAGAAGAGCGUCACCUGAACAAGAUGCAGAAUCAUGGUUACGAAAACCCGACCUACAAAUACCUGGAGCAGAUGCAGAUUUAAGGGGAGAGAGCACGUGGCCCCCCGGGUGGAGCGCGGUGGUGCAGGCGGGCCGGAAGAGGUCCAGCGUUUUGGAUCGACUACUGACGAACAGUUACUUCCAGAGGAUUUCAUCUUACAUUCAGACCUCCUGGAUCGUUAAGACUAUAAAGUACUACUGUAGAAUCACAAUUUCCAUUCUUUUAAAUGGGUGAAAAAAUGUUAAUAUAACAAUAUAUGAUAUAUAAACCUUAAAUGAAAUGAAAAAAGUGAUCUAUUUGCAGAUAUUUGACUGAUGUAGUUUUCUUUUUUAAACUUAAUCAGAAAUCCCACUUCUAUUGUAUUGUCUCUCACAUGCUCUAUAUAAAUGGGAAAUGUUGAUUUUCAAUGAUAGACUGUGUAUGCAGGCUGUGUGUUCCAGUUGCCUUGUGUAAAUCAACUCUUUAAGGCUCAUUCACUGUCGUGGUUUUUAUUAAAAUAAAACGAAGAAGGCAGUGUUCCCUGUUUGAAUGAGCUUUCACAAAGUCGCAGAGAAGCUGAAGGAAGCAGGGAGCUGUAGCUGACCGUCGAAGCACAGCAUGAUGCCCCUCACGAUUAUCUUCAAAGCACCAGUUUCUUGGAAGUCUGGUGCUCCCACUCCUGGCUCCCCGGGGGGCUCCACACAAGUCCUGUCACUGAGGAGGUUAAAAACAUUUGAGUUCCAGCAUCUUCCAGUGAGCCCUGUGUAUACAGAUUGGGGCGUUCACUACUGCUUUCCUUCUAAAUCGAGUUCUUCCACAGAAAUUAGCCUGCAGUGUGUAUAUGAUGUCCUUCCAUGUCCGCCGUUUCCUUGCUGUAGCCUUGUACUACUCACCUCCCUCCCAAGUAACGUCCACAUGUGCUGUUUUCCUCUUUGGAUGAUGCCCCCCGAAGCUGCUGAUCCUCCCGUCCCGGUGCGCUCUGACUUCUCUGCCUCCCUCUCCUCCCCAGCCUCUUGUGUGCCCACUCAGAGACCGCAGGGGUGGGCGGCCAGUGGCGGGAGGGAACGCGGAGCUCUGCGUUGAUGUGGAAGGAGGGUGCUGCAGUUGUACAUGAAGUGAUCUGUAGACACGUGGACAGCGCGAAGGUUCCGUUUCCUUCACGUGAGUCUUUGUGAUGCUUGUAGAGUUGAUGUUGAUGCUCACAGCUUUCUCUUUCUUUAUUCUGAAGGUUCUGGUAACCUGUGGUGUAUUUGUUUCUAUUUCCCUGUGACUUUUUUUGUCUUCCUCCCCUUUACCCUAUCCAUGUCUCUUCCCACUAUGCACAGGUAAACUUCGCCUACAAACUCCUCAAUCUGAUCUGUGGAGAAUGUACAGAGUUUAAACACGUAAAUAAAUACUGUAACUUCCA